GAUCAGGCUCUGACUCGCGGAAGGAUAUAAGACCCCAUCCAAGGAUAAUAAUAAUUUGAUAGCAUCUUUACAUUCCAAUUGACGGAACUCUUCCAGACCAAGUUUUUACUCGUUUUCAUUACAGACCAAUUCACAAUGGCAUGUACUGCAUCCCGUGUCCGAAAGUCCAGCCCAACGAAACCUUCCAAGAACCCACGGUCAACACCACGACGCUCACGCACACACGAUGCUCGUACGGUCAAAUCUAGCCUUGCGUCCGAUCAGAGAGCUGUUUUUGAUUGGUACGAGGAAAAUCAGUACAGAGAUGACGCCGGGGACAUCUUUUCCUCGGAAUGGCAAUGCCGACUUACCGAUUGGAGAAAUGAAUUCGAUCCAGAUACGCAAAAUGUACACGAUAGAAUGCUUCAACUGAAAGAAGACCCGGAAACUUUAGAGCUUGGCCUCUUCUUCGUGGCACACUCGGUGGCAGCGUUCUCCUUGUGGCAUAUAUUACAAGCAUGUUACGAACUCGAUAAGCGCAUCUGCGAAACAUCAAAAUCGCAAAACAAAAAGUUAACUCAGUGGCAACAAUUGCGACCGUUCCAGUAUCUCUUAUCCACGGAUAUCGUAUCCGAGUGGGGAACUCAUCUGGACUCGUUAUCUGCUCAAGUUAAGCCAAGCACCAACAUCUUCAAGAAAGAGAUUGCAGCGAGUCGAUUGAUUGCUAUGGCUGAGGGCGUCCAAGUCCUUGAAGAAGCUCUUUCGAUAUUGACGUCUGUAUUCAUGGGGAAGCGGGAAGCCAUGUCUUGUUCUUUCUGGAUGUUGGACCUAAUACGCGAAGGUGUGGACAACAGAUGUCGCGCUAUCGAAAAGCAUAUCACUCACCAUGAAGAUUCGUCUUGAACAAUCUUUACGCCUCGACCUAACCUAGUCUAGGAGGGGCAGGUCGUCCGCCCCAGUGACCAGGAAAUAUGGCUGGAUUCACGAAAAUGAGGCCAGAUCAGGUUUCAGAUCUACUCUUUAAAAGGCAUUAGCUGCUUUUGGCCUCGGACUGAGAGAUUCAUGUGUGACGUUACGAGGACUAUUCGGGCUCUGUCACGGCCUGGACAAGCUGUGGAAGUGGAAAUGUGGUGUGUAUUGUGUAAAUAUGUAAGAAUGAUGGUGCCCUAAGGGCGGUGAAGAAGCUAUAUAUAUGCCUGUGCGCAGCACGUGACAGGCUCUUUCC